AUUGGAGAUUUUUCAAAUUUUAAAUAUGAUUUGAUCAUUUUUAGAUUUAAAAUGUAUACCAUGAGUCCUGCCAACACAAGGACAAAUCAUGUGUUUUUAAACCUGAAAAUAACUUACUUAAAAAGACCCAUCGUUUGCAUGUUAAAACUUAAAAGAACUAAACAUGUUAAACAUUUCUCAAAAUGAUUUAUAGUUGUAUUUUCUGUCAACCAGGAGGACCAUUUGUGUAAAUUUGUAGUUAUUUAAGGAUUUCUUAGAUUGAGGUUUUCAAAACAAGAAGUAGAUGUAAGUAGAAGCAUUUGGUUUAGUUUUUCUCCAAAAUCUAAAACCAAGAUGGUGUCUCUUUUUCCAACUUUUUCCUUUGUUUCUUUCUGCAUCACCUUUUUGUCAUGUAAUGCAGUUCAUCACGAGGUUAUGUCAGAAAUACAAGAAUAAAAAUUCAAAAAAAAACCCAUACAUUAUCUCUCAAAAGAGUAUUAUUUUAAGGUUUGAUACCUUUUUGUUUACAUUUUUUAACGAACACCCUUUCUCUCUCACCACACCACCUCUCUGCAUUUCCAACUUGUAAAAGAUUCUAAAUGUCCUUCCAAAUGUUCCUUCACUGAUAAUAAACACUUGGCUCUUUUCUUUCACUAGUAAACAAGAAAGAUAUGGGGAAAGCAUCGAGGUGGUUUAAAGGUCUGUUGGGUAUGAAAGAUAAAGAAAACGUAAACAAUUUGAAUUCAGGUGACCGGAAAGACAAGAAAAGAUGGAGCUUCGGAAAACCCUUGAAGGAAUCCCAGUUUCCGGCGCCGGUGCCGGCGAAGAUGUCUAAGUUUAAUCAGUCAUCGGCAACAGGAGGUGACGCCACUUGGUUGAGAUCUUACAUGUCGGAGACAGAAAAGGAACAGAACAAACACGCAAUUGCCGUCGCUGCCGCCACCGCUGCUGCUGCAGAUGCCGCCGUGGCAGCUGCACAGGCCGCCGUGGCUGUUGUCCGGCUCACAAACCAGAGCAGAGGAAGCGUGUACGCCGGUGGAAAAGAAAAACGCGCCGCCGUUAUGAUUCAAAAAGUGUUUAGAUCCCAUUUGGCUCGAAAAGCGUUCAGAGCUCUAAAAGGAUUAGUGAAAUUACAAGCUCUUGUACGAGGUUUUCUCGUAAGGAAAAGAGCAGCCGCCACUCUUCACAGUAUGCAAGCUCUCAUUAGAGCUCAAGCUGCAAUCAGAUCGGAAAGGGCUCGUCGUUCAUUUACAAAAGAUCACGAAUUCCGCCAUAGAAAAUCCAUUGGGAGAUUUGAGAUUGAGAGAAACGAAUUCCAUAGUAAAAGACUCUCAGCUUACGAAUCUUCCACAAAUUGCUACGAUGGAAGUCCAAAAAUAGUCGAAAUCGACACCUACAGGCCACACACAAGAUCCAGACGCAUUAACACUUGUACAUCUGAUUCCGGGGAGGAAUCACAAUUCCAUUCCAACAACAUCUCGUCUCCCCUACCUUGCUCGAACCCCGCAUGUAUCUCAAUUCCAGAGUUCCACAAUCUUCAAGAUUUAGAAUGGGGAUUCGCGGGUGAUGAAUACAAAGUCUCUAACACAGCUCAAAGCACUCCAAGAUUCCGGUCGAAUGCUCCGGCGACUCCUGCAAAAAGUGUAUGUGGGGAUGGAUUUUUCCGGCCAUAUUCAAACCACCCAAGUUACAUGGCGAGCACACAGUCAUCAAAGGCAAAACUGAGGUCGCAUAGUGCCCCUAAACAAAGGCCGGAAUCAGGGCCUAAGAAAAGAUUGUCUCUUAAUGAAAUAGUGGCGUCAAGAUAUAGUUUAAGUGGUUUAAAGAUGCAGAAGAGUUGUUAUCAAGUUCAAGAAGCUUUUGAUUUGUGAGAGUGGUUUUGGUUAACGAUUUAGAUUAUGAAUGUGUUAUUUCACCUCAAUAGGAUCAAUUGCAUAGAUGUAAACAAGAAAUCCUUUUUCUUGCUACUUCAAUAGGAUAGAAAUUCGAACAUGGGUGUUGUGUAAAUUGUAUUCAAGUGUUUGAGAUUUGAAUGAAUGAAUGAAUGAAUGAAGCUUUCUUGAAUUAAUGGGAUUUUGUUUCUGGAUUCAAAU